UUGGACCGUCCCAUCCCCAGAAUUACAUGCCGAAACCCUGGAUACCUGUGUGAGAGCAGAGGCAAGCCUCCCCUCGCGAAAAUCCUCCCCCGAUGGCGCCGCAUCCUCCGUCGUCCGCCUUCCGCCGUCCGCCGUCUUCCCUCCGCUCCAUCCGUCGUCCGUCGUCCGCCGUCCGCCCUUCGCCCCCUCUGCCGUCUGCCAUCCGCCGUCCGCCCCCUCUACCGUUCGCUCUUCGUCGACUCCGUCCAAGCCGAGCAAGACAAUCCGUCGGCCCUGCCUCCUUAGCUCCUGCCGCCUCCGACGUCCAGAACUCCAUAUCCUUCUAGUAACCUGGCGUAUUUGUCGGUACCCGAGCCUUGGUUUAUAGUGGGAGUGGACAAGUCGCCACCUUCGUGGGAUCCUGUUAAGACGUCAAGGUUUGUUGUGAAAAAAAAGCACAAUGGAGUUUAGGACUUGAAAAAGGUUUGGUGGAGAUACUUAUGGAGCACGAUACUCCUUACCACCGAGGGCAAAAUAGAUGGAGCAAGGAAACUUGGAACUUGAUGGUGACGCAAUUCCAUGCAAAACACAAACAUGUGAAGUUCUCGAAGCUUGAAAUUCAAGAUAAGGAGAAGGACCUCAAAAGAGAAUACAUGAUGUUAAAAGAAGCUCGAAAGCAAAGCAGUGUUAGCUGGGAUGACAAAAGAUGUAUGAUAGAAGCUCACACCGACCUUUGGGACAAUCUGAUGAUUUCAUAUCCAAGUAUCGAGAAAUUCAAGAAUAAAUCUUUUCCUCUCUUUGACUCGCUAGGAGAACUCUAUGAUGGUAAGUUUACAAACUUUUGUUGCUUCCUCUUAACUCUUAAUUCUACCUAUUGCUUGGUUGCUUGCAUGCAUUUUGCAGGACAUACAACUGAGGGUGCCUAUAAUUUCACAUCCAUUGCACAACCAUCACAAAUUGACAAAGACUUUGAAUAUGAAAGAGAGGUUGAGGAAGUAAAAGAAAGUGAUGACUUGGAGAUGAUGAAUCAAGUGCAACAUGAUGAAGAUUACUUGCAAAUUCUGGAUCAAAUGGAUGCUGCACAUAGGAAGGAGGAUGUCAAUCCAAGUGAACAAGUGGGACGUAUAAUGGAUGGUUCAGGAAAGACGCCCCAAAAGAAGCCCAAGAAGGAGAAGCCCAAGAACAGUGGAGAUGUGAUUGCUGGAGCAUUAGAGAAGUAUAUAGAGUUGAAUAAAAGGCAAGCAGAUGAUGAAGCUGCAUACUUGUCCAAUGAAAAGGCAGAGGCAACAAAAUUACAUGACUUCUCUAUCACCAAGUGCAUGGAUGUGUUGAGAACAAUGGCGGAUGUCACCUACAUCGAGAAGAUCAAAACAUUCAACUUCUUCAAGGAUGCCGCAAACCGUGAGAUUUUCAUCAAUCCCGCUGAUGAUGAUAAAGAUACUGUUGUUGUGGCUUUGGAGCCAUAUGUCCCCAUGAGGUUCUCAAGCACCCGAGGAAGCAAGGUUGGAUAGUUUUGGCCACUCAGAUUCUAGAUGAUCAUGACAUCGAAAGAACAAUUCACCUCCAUUACAAAAUUAUUCUUAUACUUUUUUGGUUUGUAAUAAUUCUCAGCCUUGCUUGGUCUGCAAAAACAUAAUCUUU